AUGUAUCUGAACCUCUACGGUAGUCACUUCAGCUACAUUAAGAAUUUGGCCAUGUAUUCCAAGUCCUACUGUUGUUGCAAAUGUGACAAAAUGUGGAAAACAGCCAAAGCCUUGAACAAGCAGCGAACCUUGUGAUGGAACUAUAGGUCACAUCUUCCCUGGUGGUGCCUACAAAGUUCCACAAUCUAUCUUCGACUUGUUGGCCGAUGAAGGAAUCGAGAUCCCUGAAGACCUCAAGUACUUCCCUUAUCGCGCCACCUUCGACUUUGAAUGUUAUUUUAAACAUACAUCUAACCAUUCAAGAAACACCGAAAAACUCACGUGGCAAGCCGAACAUAUUCCGUUGAGUGUCUCUGUAUGUUCGAACGUCCCUGGCUACACCGAACCCAAGUGCUUUGUUUCCUCUGGUGACACGAGUAAAAUGAUCCAAGAAUUCGUGGAAUAUUUGGUAAAAAUUAGUCAAGAAAGUUAUGUCUUGUUGUUGGAUCUGUUUGCGGAUGUGUUUCGUCAAAUUGAGGAACGAGUUAAUCAGGUAUAAUUCACACGUAUUAGAUUGUUAGUAUAUUUCUUAUCCUUAAUAUUUUUUCUUAUAUCUUUAGGUGGGGGAAAACGCUGAGAUUAUGGAAGUUGCCGCGGGGGAGGAUAAUGAGGUAAAUUAUAGGAAGGUUAUUUUUGCACUUAUAUUCUUUAUAUUCUAAUAUAUCUUAUGUUUUAGCAAAAUACAGAGGAACAGAUGAUAGAGGAAAUGGUGGGAUGUCUGAUGGGGCUGAAUAGUAAGGUAAACUAUAUAUUUGAUCUAUUAGAUGUUUAUAAUAUUUGUACUUAUUAUGCUGUAUAUUUUCAGGAGAGGGAAGUAAGUGAUGGCGAAGUGGUUGGGGAACAAGUGAAUGAGUCCGAAGCAGAAAAAACCCACCCACUGGAAAAGUUGGUCGAGAAGUUGGAACUUUACUUGAUAGAACUUCCUGUGAUCGGCUUCAACUCGGACAAGUACGAUAUAAAUGCUGCUAAGAACCCAUUCUUCUCUUACCUAGUGAAACACGAGCAAGUUAAGUUUGUGAUAAAGAGAAACAAUAACCACAUGUGUCUUAAGACGCAACACUUAAAGUUUCUCGAUAUCACAAACUACUUGGCCCCCGGUUUCAGUUACGAACAGUUCCUCAAGGCUUACGAGUGUUCCCAGACAAAAGGCUACUUCCCUUACGAGUGGGUUGAUUCCCUUGGAAAGUUGAACAACCCAACCCUACCACCACGCGAAACGUUCCAUUCCAAUCUGUCCGGAACCGAUAUCACCGAGGAUCAGUACCGGUAUUGCGAGCGUGUAUGGAACGAACAGAAUAUGACAACUUUCCGUGACUUUCUCGUGUGGUACAAUAACUUAGAUGUCGUACCUUUCCUCGAGGCUGUCCAGAAAAUGAGUAAUUUUUGGCAAGAAAGAAACAUUGACAUGUUUAAGGAUGGAGUAAGUGUGCCUGGCUUAACUAUGAAAUACUUGUUUUCAAACAUUCCAGGCACCUACUUCUCCUUGUUCAGCGACAAGGACAAGGAUAUGUACUAUACCAUGAAAGACAAUAACGUAGGGGGCCCAAGUAUUAUCUUUAACAGGUACCAUGAGAAAGGGAAAACAUCGAUACGGAAGGAAGAAAUGCGAGCCAAAGGAAAAGAAUCGAAACCCUGCAAAAAUGUGGUUGGAUACGAUGCCAAUGCACUGUACCUCUGGGCCAUCAUGCAGAAUAUGCCGACGGGGCAGUACACAAGACGGUUAGAGGAAGAUGGGUUCAAGAUAAGAUGGAGUGGAAAAAUGGCAAUAGAGUGGUUGGAGUGGGAAGCGUACCAGCGGAGAAUACAGAUCAGACACGAGUACAACAACGCGGAGAAACGAAUUGGCGCUCGUCGUCUCCCCGUUGACGGUUUCCACGCUGAAUCACAAACGGUGUUCCAGUUUCAUGGUAAGUUGAAAUUAGUUAAGAUUAAUUAGCUAGGAUUAAGUUAAUUGUGUGGGAGUGAGCUAAUGAGUUUUUAGCGAUUGCGUGGGCUUGCAGGAUAAUUUAUUUUUCUUUUGUAGGUUUAACUGUAUUGUACUUUAUUCUACUAGGAUGUUAUUGGCAUGGCCACAACUGCCAACUUAACGAAGGUAAAGAAGUCAACGAGAAGCGUGAUAAGCCCAUGAAAGAACUCCUUGAAGAGACAAAAAGAAACAGUGCCUAUAUCACGAAGCAGGGAUUCAAUCUCGUUGAAUGUUGGGAAUGUGAGUGGCGAGAUAUGAAGAAACGAAACAGCGCGCUGCAACGAUUCAUCGCCACCCAUCUGCGUCGACCACUGGAUAAAGUGAAAACCAUGACCAAACAGUCCAUUAUCAACGCAGUGAAGAAUGAUAAACUAUUUGGAUGUGUGGAGUGUGAUAUCCACGUACCUGAGAGUUUGCGAGAAUACUUCAAAGAGAUGUGUCCCAUCUUCAAGAAUACCGAAAUACGUCGAGAAGACAUCGGUGAGUUCAUGAAGAGCUAUGCCGAAGAAAACAACAUCAUGCCCCGACCUCGGCGGAGUCUCAUUGGAAGUAUGAUCGGAAAGAAGAUAAUGUUGGCAACUCCUCUUCUAAAAUGGUAUUUAGAACAUGGUUUAGAGGUACGUUUUAAAUAUUAAAAACUUGUAAAAUUGCAGGAGAAAAUUUUUAACAAAUUGUAUUAUCGUUUUAGGUAACACACGUCUACCAGAUAGUCGAGUAUACCCCUAAGCCAUGCUUCAAACCUUUCGGUGACGCUGUAUCGGAUGCUCGUCGUGCUGGUGAUGCAGACCCCUCCAAAGCCAUCAUCGCGGACACGAUGAAAUUGUCGGGAAUAGGUGAGUUUUAA